GGGGAUUCGAGUUUCGAGUGGAUUCUGUCAACGGAAUGGAAAUCUAUGAUAUCAAGUUCAAAGGAGAAAGAAUCGUCUAUGAACUGAGUCUACAAGAAGCUAUGUCUACCUACACCGGCUACUUUCCCUCGCAGUCCUAUAAUUAUUAUUUGGACAGCAACUGGAGGAUGGGGAUGUAUAAUUAUGAGCUUGUCCCUGGUAUUGAUUGUCCAAAGACCGCUACUUUCUUCAACCUUACUCAUAUGAUAGGAACAGCUAGUGCGGUGACGAUGAAAAACAGCGUCUGCGUCUUUGAACAGAAUAGAGCAAUUCCGCUGAGAAGACACUACGACAGCGACUUUGCGGGCGGAUACACCUUUUACGGUGGAAUGACCGACAAUGUUCUCGUGCUUCGCACCAUCGCUAGUGUCUACAACUACGAUUACGUGUGGGAUUUUACUUUCUACCAAAAUGGCGUCAUUCAGGUUCAAGUUUCAUCCACGGGGUACAUUAUGGGCACCUUUUAUAUUGAUGACGUCAAACCUUACGGUUACAAACUAUCCAAUUACGGCACAGCUACCACGCAUGAGCACUUGGCCAGCUUCAAGGUUGAUCUAGACGUACUGGGAACAAAGAACUCGUACGAGACAAUUCAGGUUGAUAUCGAGAGCGUUCAAAAUUCUUGGGAAAAUAUCACGCGUGUGCGCAAAGUGCUGAAACCGGUGACCAGACAGACCGAACUCGAAGCAGUGUACAAAUUCAAUUUCGAAACGCCUACUUACUUGAACUUUUACAACGAGGAAAAGAAGAACAAGAUGGGUGUACGACGAGGAUACAGGAUACAGAAUAAUGGCAUGACGAAGUUGUUGUACCCUGAAGACUGGAUGCUGGUGCCGAUGAUCAGCUGGGGACAGUACCAGAUGGCUGUCACCAAGCACAAGGAUAGUGAAAGGUACAGCUCAUCACCCUACAACCAAAAUGCACCCAAAGAUCCUCAAGUGGAUUUUAGAAAAUACAUCAGUGACAACGAGAGCAUUGUCAAUCAAGAUCUCGUUGCCUGGGUAACAAUAGGUAUGAUGCACAUUCCACACUCGGAGGAUCUUCCCAACACCGCCACUGUAGCCAACUCUGCAAGCUUCUUCAUUCGACCUUUCAACUACUUUGAAGAAGAUCCAUCAAUGGGCUCCACUAAUGCGGUCCUAAUGACUCCUGGAAAAAGUGGUCCCAAGGUAGAGCUGUAUGGCACACCAACGGGACCAGUAUGCCUCCCAAGGAACUACACGAUGGAUUACAACGGCCGUGUUAAUAUUGAUUAAACAAGAGUAAAACACUUGUAACAUGUAUCUUGGUUAAAAAUCGGUAUCAAUGUUUUGUUAGAAGGGUAGUGUAAUUAGCAAUUAUUGGAAGCGAGCGAAGAAUAAUAUGCCUAUAAUAUUUGGAAAGGACACUACUUACAUUUUCAGCGCAAUGUUUGCCGCAUUUCAGU